AUGUCAUUUUCUUCCCGUUUCCGUUCGAAUCUUCUCGGGGAAUGGGAAGAGGAAGUGGAGGCGUCCAAAACCUUCGACAGUGAACUUGGAUUCACAUAUGGAAAGCGACUUAUUGUGAUCUCUAUGCUUCUCUUGUGUAUAAAAGGAAUUCUAAUGCUGACCGGAACAAAUUGUGACAAGUUUCGUGGAUACUUCUCACAGGAGAACCAACGUGGCACAUACUUUGGCACCCAAUGUCCACCGAGGAGCUGGGUCAAGCACUGUGCGACCAACUUCAGAGAUCUCCUCUUCGUUGCCACUGCUUUGCGAUUGUUUGAGCACCGUCUUCUCUUUACACUUCAUACACCAGAGCUCCACAUGUGCUGGGAGACCUUCACAAUCAUCGGGGCUUCGUAG